AUGCUGCUGAGGAGCUCCUCCACGCCAUUCCUGCACGCCUUCCUCUCCACCACCUCCUCCUCCCCUACGCCCCCCUCCUCCCUCCAGCUCCGGCGAGCCUUCUCCGACGGCCACCUCCCUUCGCUCAACCCCUCCUCCUCCGGCGACGACGACAGCAAGACCACCGGCCUCUACACCGAGCUCUCCUUCUCCAUCUACAACACCUUCAGCAAGGCCAAGCUGGAGCCCCACCAGGAGCAGGAGAUGGAGGAGGAGCAGGAGCAGCAGGCGGCGCAGCCGGAGCUGCCGCUGUUCCUGGCGAGGGGCAUGGGGAUCGACCGCCUCGCCUCCGGCCUCUUCACCGCCGGCAUGGGCUCCGAGGCUGCCCUGGCUAGGAUGGCCAGCGGGGUGGACCAGAAGGCCGUGCUGGCGCUGGACGCCCAGUACAAGGAGAUGGUGGACGAGCAGCCCGGCAACGCCCUGUUCCUGCGCAACUACGCGCAGUUCCUGCACGAGGUGAAGUGCGACUCGAGAAGGGCGGAGGAGUACUACUCGCGCGCGAUGCUGGCGGACCCGACCGACGGCGAGAUCAUGUCGCAGUACGCCAAGCUGGUGUGGGCGGUGCACCGCGACCACGAGAGGUCCCUCACCUACUUCCAGAAGUCGGUGCAGGCGGCCCCGCGGGACAGCCACGUCCUCGCGGCGUACGCCAGCUUCCUGUGGGAGCAGGACGAGGAUGAGGACGACAAUGACGACGGCGGUGUUGGGGGAGGCGAGCAGGGAUCACCCGGGCGUGCUGCGCAGCCGAGGCAGCUGGCUUCCACGGCCGUUUGA